AACAUUUGAUUGGCCAAUACAAUAACAACCAAACACACCGAUCGACUGUCCUUCCACAAAAGUUGGGCGCAAAACUUUAAAAAAUAAAAAAUAAAAAAUGGCGGUAGCAACAGCACCUCCGACUACUGCUUUUCUCAACACCGUUGACCGUCGGCUCACUCAUCUAAACUCACCGUCGCUCCGUCGUCUCUUUCCCACCAGAAAGUCAUCCGAGAUUUUAGCAAUGGCAUCCAAAAAGAAGGUGAACAAGUAUGACAAGGCAUGGAAAAAGGAAUGGUUUGGGGCAGGAAUAUUUUUCGAAGGAAGCGAACAAGUAGACGUGGAUGUCUUCAAAAAGUUAGAGAAGCGUAAAGUGUUGAGUAACGUGGAGAAGUCAGGGCUGUUGUCCAAAGCAGAGGAGCUAGGGUUCACUCUGUCUUCUAUCGAGAAACUCGGGAUUCUAUCAAAAGCUGAAGAGCUCGGGCUCCUCAGCUUGCUUGAAAAUGUGGCUGGAUACUCACCUGCUGCUUUAGCGUCGGCUGCACUUCCUGUUCUGGUGGCAGCGAUACUAGCAGUUGUGUUGAUACCGGAUGAUUCUACUGCUCUCGUGGUGGCACAGACCGUUUUAGCAGGCACGUUUGUUGCGACUGCAACAGGAUUGUUUGUUGGUUCGAUUGUGUUAGAGGGCUUACAGGAAGCCGAUUAGAGUGUUCUUUCUUUCAUUCUAUCAGUUUGUUGAAGUUUUGGAUUGUGAAUGAUGUACGUUUCUUCUAAUUCAUCUCUGUUACCAAGGGAUGUGAUAAUUAUACACAUUGUAACAUAUAUACUAUGUGAAUGACAUUGUUAGGGAAGUAAACGGCGUCUUUUCUUAA